GCUCGGCUCAGUUACUACAGGGACUCUAGUUCAUGAAAAAAAGUUGAAGUCAAGUAAAUAUUUAAGUCUUUAGAUUAUUCUGUACAAAGUAUUUAAUCACGGUGAUUCGAGUAAACGAAUUAUUCUCUGUAAUAAUCGAGGAGAAAAUAGAAAUAAUCGCUCUAGGGACUUUGCGUACGUCGCUUUGGCAACCUCUUAAGAAAAGCGGCUCCAAGAAAUUCAGUGAAUCCAUUUUUAUACCGCCUGCUAUUCGUAUCUUUAACGUUUACAAUUGAUUAUAACUUUGAAAAACCGGAUUAACCAUGGUUGCUCACACAGUUCUUCUUGAUUUUACUGUGUCUGUUAACGUCAUUGCAGACGUGGAGAAACGUUCCAAUUUAAAAUCUACGAUUGCCAAUGUUCUUGCAGAACAUUUUAAUGGCUUAAAACCUCUCACAGAGUCAAACAUCGAUGGAAGUCUCCUUGUCCUCUACACUGGUCCAAAGGGUAGCUUGAUUACAGUUAGAGGAUAUAUCGAAGGAUUGGUCACAGUAAAUGUUGAAUAUUACAAACGUGAUGAUGAAGAUGCACUGUUGACCUUUGAGCAGUGGCGAUACUUGGAAGCUGACGUUGCCGUGGCUUUGAACAGCCAACGCAGUAAACGUUUACCACCUGUAAGACGAGGAACCAUAUAUGAUCUCUAUUUGACUCUCUCAGAUGAAAGACUACUCGAAUAUGACAUCGACAAGCUGGUGUUCGAGGCCAGAUCGCCAUAUCAAAAAGUACAAAUCGUUCACUCAAAGUCUCUUGGAAAUCUGCUGGUACUCGAUGAGUUACAAAAUAUGUCAGAAGCAGAUCUCAUCUACACAGAGACUCUGAUGCAGCGUGGCAAAGAAGAUUACACUGGAAAGGAAAUAGUAAUUCUAGGUGGAGGCGAUGGCGGCCUUCUUUGGGAAUUACUAAAGGAGAAACCAAAAUUCGUAACGAUGCUAGAGAUUGAUGAAAUAGUCAUGAAAGCAUGCAGUCAGCAUAUGACAAGCAUAUGCGGGGAUUGCUUGGACAAAAGGAAGGGAGACAAUUAUGAGAUCAUUGUGGGAGAUUGUUUCAAGGCUCUGACACAUAUGAUAGAAGAAGGUAGACAAUUCGAUUACGUAUUCGGCGACCUUACUGAUAUACCCAUUAGUACAACACCCCAGGGAGAUGCUUGGGACUUUAUAAGGCUGAUCCUGAACUCUUCGAUGAAAGUGCUUAAGCCGACAGGAAAAUACAUGACGCACGGUAAUGGUACUUCCUGUCCUGAGUCAUUGAAAAUGUACGAGGAAGUGCUUACGCAGCUGUCAGUACCAGUGACAUUCACCAAGGAUCAUGCGUUCGUUCCAUCUUUCUUUGAGGACUGGGUUUUCUAUCAAGUCUCGCUCAAAUGAUGGAUUAAUGACAAUGGUGAUCGCGACGUAUCGAUAAAGAUAGUAAAUGUCAUACACAGCCUAAUAUCCUUAUGACCCAAGCUAUGCUUUAGUUUUAGAACAUCAAUAAUUAAUCAUUUUAUUUCAUUCAAAGGCAGUCUAACUUUAUCUUGAUGCGAGUUUCAAUGUAUGUCCUCACGAUUCUCUCAAUCAUUAUGCAUCAAGGCAAAUAAGUUACCAAACAAUGUGUCCCUAUGGGAUGUUAUUAAUAUUCUUGUUGAUUACAUUUAAUAGAUAGCAGAAACGAUCAGAUUGUUAAUAAUUUUUGUUCUUAGAGCAGAGCAUUUAAAAUGCUUGUUCAAUAAUAACACUGUAUUAGCCAGUAAGUAGUUUGUAAAUCGUCGGUGCUCAAGGAUUUGAAUGUUUUUCUAUCCUUCUAAAAUGCGUUAUUCUUAACAUGUCCGCCUGCGAUCAGCAUCAGUUGUGAUGCUUAACAUUAUUAUUAAUAUGAUGAGAUCAACGUAUUUCAAAGAGUCGUCAAAUGGUACGCUUGUCUAUUGCAAUUAGGAUUACCAAUGGUUGUUAAAAUGGAAUUGAGUUCAGUGGUUACUAGUAAUACUCUUCAGUUUUCUUUAAAAUCCAGAUGGUAUUUUCAAUACAUAAUAAUAUUUGCUUAAUCGAAUGUUGCAAUGUAAUAGUCGUAUUAUUUCAUAUCUUUAUUUUCUUUCUAAUAAGAGAGCCAAAAUAAUUAUGAUCUAAACUGAAGAAAGAUGUUUUAAUGACUGAAGACAAUCUGUAUUCGCAGCAGUGUGUAUAGUUAAUCGUAAUCUCUUUAGUUAACAGCUAAUACACAAUCAAGUCCUAGUGAAACAAUACCAAAUCUAACGAGUCUUUGUUAUUCUAAGUAAUAAUAACUAAUUAUUUUAUCAGUACAAAUGUGCAAAGCGUAUUUGAAUCUUUCCAAAAAGAGUUUGAGUUAAUAUUAUCAGAGUUAGGUUGGUAUAGGAUAUGAUAAAUACAAUUUGUUUAUAUCCAAUGAUUUCUCAUUAAAAUUUUCCAUCAAGUUAAUAAUUGUCAUUUAUAUUGCGAGUCUUGUUCAAUGACGCUGUGAUAUAGUACGUCAACAUAAGAUAAUGUGUAGAAUUAGUAGAAUCGAUUCAUUGAUACCGUACAAUAUUACUUUAUUUACUUAGAAAUAUCUUUUGUAUAGAUAACAUGAUUUAUGCAAUGUGUAAACUCUGUUAUUCUCUACUCUCUGUAACAAAACACGUAAUAGUACUGCUUUAAACUUUCUGUAAUUUCAUUUGAGGUACAAAUUAUGCUACAAACGCAUUUUCUUAGGCUACCAUGCAUCUUCUUAUCAGCUUUAUUGAAUGCAAUAAUAUAUACUAUUGAAACUGA